GUAAAACAAGUGGUGACAACCAAACGAGUAUCCAUCCUCGUCAUAUGUGUGUCCAUCACGCUCAUUUUCAGCACAACUCCAGUGUACGUAGUAAACAGACUUGGGAUGAAGUUCUACCCUGCCAGAAACAAAAGUCUAGUUGGCUUGGUAUACACAGAAAAUAAAGAAUUCGUGGAGACAAUAUCGUUUGUUAUCAACAACAUAUCGGUUACGUUUGGUGCAUUCGUUGUAAUUAUAACAUGUACCGUUGUUUUGGUAUUCAAGCUGAAGAAAAGUGUUAAGUGGCGUAAAGGAAUAACGAAUUCCAAGCAGAUUCAACAAGUAUCUAGUCGUAAUCAAGGCGUGGCUAGGAUGGUGGUUAUGAUUUCAUCCCUUUUCAUUGUAUGUUUUAUCCCGAUAAGUGUGAUUUUUGUGGCUAUGUCUUUGGAGCCAGAAUUAUCCAUAAAUGGCAGGUAUAGAAAUAUGUUAAUUAUUUUUGGAGGGUUGGGAACAAUAUUAGAGUCUCUUAAUUCGUCCGUAAACAUUUUCAUAUAUUACCAAAUGAGUAGCAAAUAUCGUAGCAAUUUUCAUCAGUUGUUUAAGUGUUAA